GGUUCGUCUUCGUCCUCGACCACCACAGUCGUCGACACCGCGUGGACCACAAAACACGCCGUUCGCUUGUUACAAGGACAAGUCUCGUCUGGUCUCGUUGGUACGACAAAAGACAUACUUUGUGUGAUUCGGACGUCGUUUAUACCCUGUCCAUGUCAGCGUUUAGCUACUAGACUGUUACGCAGCAACCACAGCAUCGUUCAUUACCUCUAGCAACGUCGCUCUCUUUCCUUUCUUUUCCGCGCACUUAAGCAAACAGCAGACGAACUCUCGUAUUUGAAGAGGAAAUGGCCUUCUCACAACCGUUCCCACUUGCUGCACAGGCUCCAAAAACACAGCAGCCGACCUACGGCCCUGACCUUGCCGUUCGCCUCAUUUGUCCAGACUGCCGAGACCCAAACCCUAACAUCGUUGAGGAGUAUGGAAGCGGUGAUCUCGUGUGCGGGGGCUGUGGUCUCGUGCUCGGCGACAGAAUCGUAGACACGAGAAGCGAGUGGCGAACAUUCGCAAAUGAUGAAGGGGAUGACCCUUCGCGUGUCGGCGCUGCUUCGGACCCCUUGAUGGAGGGUAUGGAACAACUUGACACCGUCAUCAGUUUCCGCGACGGCGGCAGUGGCGUUGCGCGCGAACUUCAGCGUGCUGCGUCUCGCUCGCAGAGCUCACGCUCCGAACGAAACCUUCUUUCUGCCUUCCGAGAUAUCGGCAGCUGGUGCGACCAGUUUUCUCUGCCGAAAACCAUCAGCGACAUCGCGAAGCAGCUUUACAAGCGUUCAGACGAAGAAAAACUUCUUCGGGGAAAACCUCUGGAGGCUGUCAUUGCAGCUUGUAUCUUCAUUGCCUGUCGACAGGCCCACGUGCCUCGAACGUUCAGGGAGAUUUGUAAUCUCACCCAUGUAUCAAAGAAGACGCUUGGACAGUGCUAUAAAGCACUCGAACAAGCUUUCAACCUCUCACCGGGUGCUACUGCACAACAGCACAACGCCUCCAGUACGACAACCGGACCAGAAAAUCUACUCGUGCGGUAUUGUAACCACCUCGAUCUCGCUCCCAAUGUGCAGUCGGUGUGCAGUGAUAUCAUCGUCGCUGCACGAGAGCACGGCAUCGCAGAUGGUCGGAGUCCGGUAUCUAUCGCUGGGGGAGCCAUCUACUUUACCUGUUUGCUUUUGGGAAUACCAAAGCCAAUACGGGAGAUUAGUGCAGUGGCUGGGGUCAGCGAGGGCACCAUCAAGUUGGUGUAUCGAUUUUAUUAUUCAGAGAGGGAAAAGCUCGUGAAGGAGGAUUGGAUAAAAGACGGUCGAGCGGUAAUGGCCAGGCUCUCGAUUGACAAAUAGAGGGUUCAGGUGUUCCGAGGGAUUUCCUAUGUAUCAUACUCGAAAACUUUGUGGAGGUAUUUAUAUAUGUACAUGGCACGAGAUGCGAGG